AACCAAAGAUAGCACGUGGAAAUGAACCUCUCAACAGGUCAAAGCCUCUGAGAGAAAUCCAAGGUGAAUAGACCUUUCUGGAUUCUCUUUCUGGUUUGUCCUAUAGAGAGGAUGUAAUUAUCAUUUAUGACAUAUCUUAGCAUCUUGCCAUAAUUCAUAUUGCAAGAAUGAUUUACACCAUCUGGUGCCUGAAGUGCAUUAAAAGUGAUCUAAGGACUCCCCUUAAUUGCAGUGAGCUAUGAGUCAAGUCCUUGAACUCUGUUAGAGCAAGCUUCACUAAAUGCAGUCUUCUAAGCAUUUUUUAUUGAAAUGUAAGCAAUUUUUGACUGCAGAAGGCAAGCUGUGUUGAUGUUUAAUAGUUGAUUUACUCAGUGGCAUGUGUAGAAAAAGCUUAGGGAAAGAAGGCCAAGAUGUGCAAGCUGCUGGAGAGUUUUCCAUCUUGAACAGUGCUUAAAGUCAAGUAGGGAGUAAAUUUUUGUUCCUUACUUAAGUGUGGACAUGUUCCAACUCCCCUGCAGGAUGAGUUGUAAUAGCUUACUCUGCUGAAUUCCUGUGAAGGUGCUUCUUUGUUAUUACAGUGCCUAGAAGUGUGUAUUCAUAAAUGACCUGGCCCAACAGAAUCGGCCACUUGGCAGCGUUGUACUUCAGCUCACUUUUGAAGUGAAACUAGUAAAUGGAAGGGUGAAGGGGACAGGAAUUUCACUUCUGUGCCUGCGUAUUAAACAGCACUGUACAAUCCAGAGAGGGAUUUAAUGGUUUACCUUAAAGCUCAGGCCUUCCUUCAGUUGUCUGGGCAUUGCGAGGAAAUACUAGAGGUAUGUAACGGUUUGGGAGGUUGGGGGUUUUUUGGUGUUAUACAGGAGUCCCCCAGCUGAUGUUCUGAGACAGUCACAGAGUAGAGAAAGUCUUGAGCAGCUUAACGCUAUCAGUAGACAGGAGAGAUGGGCACAGUUUGGUAGGACGCUAUUCUAAAGAAAGAGGACUUUUACAGGACCACACAGCAACCUAGUAAUAGUAUUUUCUGAGCCUCAGUGUAGUAUUCAGCUGCUGGAUCAAGUGGUUCCAAAUAUUGUCUUUUUGCUGGGUGUAGUCUCCUCCUCUCUUUCCCAAAACCCAAGGUGCCCCUAGAGUCUGCAGUACGAGCUGGCAUGUCCUGCAGAAGCCCCUUAGCCUGGCUCCUCCCUCUCUUUUAUCUGUAUAAUAGUGUUGAAUGCCUGUGAGCAUUCAGUGUUCCAGCAGUUUCAUUGUGCCUGUUCAUCGCGUUGCUUCUGCUAGUACCCAGUCAGACAAACGGAACUAGGAGAGGCUAAAGGAAUCGCUCAGGAAGUUUCCUUUAGACAGUAGAUAUUUCUGCUCCAAUGGAUAAAGGUCUUCACUUCAUGUUCUGCGUGAUUGCAACCAUGCUGCUCCUGAGAGAAUCAAGUCAGACAGGAGCUACGAGGAAUGAUGAUGCUGUGAGUAAGGGCACUGACUCAAGGGGACCGGAAGAGGGUCUUCCAACUUUGACUGUCACAACAAUCCUGGAAGAUCCUUAUGUCAUGGUGAGAAGUGCAGAACUGGAGGGAUACUGCAUUGAUUUGCUGAAAGCACUUGCUGCAAUGCUUCACUUCAGCUACAAGGUGAAGGUGGUGAGCGAUGGGCAGUAUGGUGCCGUCUCUUCCAAUGGGAACUGGACAGGGAUGGUUGGUGAAAUUUUGAGACAGGAAGCAGACAUUGCAGUGGCUCCAUUGACAGUCACGUCAUCAAGGGAAGAGGUGGUCUCCUUCACCACGCCAUUCCUGCAGACUGGGAUUGGAAUCUUGCUUCGAAAAGACACCGCCUCUCAGGAGAUGUCUUUCUUCCACUUCCUGGCUCCUUUCAGUAAGGAGACCUGGACUGGCCUUUUAUUUGCUUAUGUGCUGACGUGCUUCUGCCUCUUUCUUGUUGCCAGACUGAGCCCCUGUGAAUGGAACGAGCCAAAGAAUGAAGAGAACCACUUUACCUUCUUGAACAGCCUCUGGUUUGGAGCAGGAGCACUUGCCCUGCAAGGUGUCACCCCUCGGCCCAAAGCGCUCUCUGUGCGGGUCAUCGCUGCUGUCUGGUGGCUGUUCACCAUCGCCUUGCUGGCUGCCUACAUCGCCAACUUCACCGCUCUGCUGAGCUCUGGCAGCGAGCAGCUCCCAAUCCAGACUUUUGAAGAUCUUGUGAAGCAAAGAAAGCUUGAGUUUGGGACUCUGGACGGCUCCUCUACUUUCUACUUCUUCAAGAACUCGAAGAAUCCUAUCCAUCAGAUGAUCUAUGAAUAUAUGGACAAGAGACGAGACCGCGUUUUAGUCAAAACCUACCAGGAAGCAGUUCAACGUGUGAUGGAAUCAAACUAUGCCUUCAUUGGUGAAUCAAUCUCUCAAGACCUUGCAGCUGCCAGGCACUGCAAUUUGAUCAGGGCCCCUGAAGUUAUCGGAGCCAGAGGAUUUGGCAUUGCCACUACCCAGGCAUCCCUGUGGACUAAGAAGCUCUCCAUUGCUGUCCUCAAACUGCGCGAAUCGGGCGAUCUCGACUACUUGCGCAACAAGUGGUGGGAGACCAGCUGCCUUCACAAAAGUAGGGACAGAUGGAGUCCGCUGCAGCCCCAGGCUCUGGGUGGGCUCUUUCUUACUCUUGCAAUUGGCCUGGCGCUGGGAGUGAUUGCAGCUGUGGUGGAGCUCUCGAAUAAGAGCAGACACACCGCUGGACAUGUAAAGAAAUCUUGUUGCUCCGUUUUUACAGAAGAAAUGUGCACUCGUCUACGUAUAAAAGAAAAUACAAGACAAAGCCAGGAGACUUCAGGGAGGGCUAAUGCUUAAGAAUUUUUUGCUUAACGAAUGGGCCUGUAUUAGGUUUAUACCAUAUGUAUUUCAUAGGAACUACAUCAAUGUAGAAAGAUGUUUUUCUGCAAGGCUAGAGUGUUAGUUUUCUAAUUACAAACACACACAGAGAACACUUCUGGAUUGGUGGUGGAGCUGGAUACAGAAGAAAAUUAAGUGGCUUGGAAGAAUUUAAAUUGACAAGGGAUAGAGUGUAAUUGUUAAAAAUAAGGGAGGUUAACAACUUGGGAAAAUAAAUUUGAGAUGGCUAAGAUGGUGGAUCCGUAUUUAGUUUAGAAGUUUACUAUGUAAGUACACGAACGCCUGUAGGAGUAAGUGACUUGGGGUAGGUUAAUAUGAAGCCUCUGAUUACUAAUUACAGUAUGAGGUACAAUCUUGAAAAAUUAAAGCUCUCAGCUGACUGUUCUAAUCCAGAACAACUGCUUCUUAAACAUUUUAGUUAUAAACAGACUGUACUCUCCCCCUCUUCUAAGCAGAAGAUGCUGGUCACUGUGAAGGUCAUUUCUGAAUCAGAAACGACAGUACUGUUGCAUAAACCCCCAAAAUGCAGGACUUGAACUGCAUUCUCUGCAGUGGCCUAAGCCUGAGAAAGGGAGACCAGGCAAUUAAGGAACUACUAGACUUAGGAAAUGCAAGACAUGGACUUGUCCUUUGUCACUUUCCCAGCAUAGGGUAAGUUUCACUGUUUAGCUAGAGAGGAUGUUUUGUCCUAGUUAACCUGAUCAAGAAGUAUUUAGGAAGAAGACUGAUAGUUGAACUCCAACAGUAGUAGAGCACAAAGUCUGGUAAUCAGUCAAUUAAAGUACAAGUUCACCAGGCAAAGGUGAGGCAGUGAGUGUUUUGCAUUAUUCUCUGGCUCUCAAAGAAGAAUCUUUGAAAUUCAUGGGGAACAGUAAUCUCAGCUGCAUAUUAAAUACUUUUCUAAUUAAGCUGUUUUUCAUUUCAGAGCUGGAAUGACUGAUGCAUGCAUACGUUGGUUUGCAAGUUCAUGGUUAAAUUACUCCAUUUAUGUACUGCUCAUCUGAUGGAGGGGAAAAAAAGGCAAAUUCAGUUACUUGGAAAUGGCUUUAACUGCACUGCAUGAACAAAGAGACUGAUUCUUAUCAGUCCCAGCAUUAAAUACCUGAAGGCAAUAGAAACUAACAUCCCUGUGACAGGAAAAAAACUAGCUGUUCCUGAAUAAAGCACUGCACAUUCACUUUGAGGGUAACUUAGUGAGACUGGACUUCCAGCUACUGCUAAGUAAUUUAGUAUAGUUGCCGAGUUCCCCACCCACCCAACUGUUAACAAGAACAAACGGUGAAAGUGAUAGGAGUUACGAGUUAUUCCACACCUUGGUAAACUAGUGCUGUUUGGUUAUCUGCUAUGCGCUCUCAGGUCAUGACAGUUCUAUUUUAAAUACAGCUUAAACAAUGUUUGUUAGGUUAGAAGAUGGAUCAGUCCUUCAGUCAAAUUAACUGCAAAAAGCACGGAACAUUUUGGGUAAGUUUUAAAAGCUGACAUGGAAAAUGCAAUGUCAGAUUCACUUAGCACUUUAAAAACUAUUUGGUAUGUGCCAUGUCAUUGCUGGCAGAAUAGGCAGAGAUGUAUAAAAAAAGGUUUCAUUGACAUUUAAAUAUAUUUCUAUAUGAAUGUCUCACAGAACAAAAAAAUAAAGUCUUUUCAUCACAAAUACUGCAGCAUUAAAAUAAACACUUACCAAAAUAAACAA